UGCGGAGUACAAUAGAGUGAGGUCAGUCGAGUAAUCAAUGGGCGUCUCCAGCCUCCUUAAUAUUUAUUCCCUGUUCUCCCGGCUACUUUUCCCUCUCUUUCUUUCUGUCUCUCCCCGACAAACACCUCUAUACAGUAUACAACAUACAACUUAGAAUCCUUCUACAACAUAUAAUAUCUCAAUUCCAAUCAUUCUAUUCCCACCAUGAUGUUCGCACGCCCAACCCUCCUCCGCACCUCCCUCCGCGCAUUCAACGCCACAGCCCGUCGCCCAGCCCAGCACGCCCUCCGUCGCACUUAUGCCUCCUCCCCCGGCUCCGCUGCCGAACAGGUCUCCAAGUCUAGCGAUUUACCAUGGAUCCUCGCGUCCGUCGGUCUAACCGUUCCCUCGGCGUACUUCCUACUCCAGUCUGGUCCGGAGAAGGGCCAUGAUGCUCAUGGACAUGGGCAUGACGAGGGGGCGCAUGAGGAGUCGCAUAAGAAGGAAGAGCAGGGUGCUUCUGCUUCCGAGACGCAAUCUCAGCCCGAAUCUGAGGAUAAGUCUGAGGAGAAGAAGCCUGAGGAGGACAAGAAGUCUGAGGACAAGCCUGAAAAAGAGGAUAAGGAGGACAAACCCCAGAAGGACGAGAAGUCCGAGGAGAGGCCCGAGGAGAAGUCCGGAAAGGAGGACAAGCCCCAGAAGGACGAGAAAACGGAGAAGACAGAGGACAAGAGUGACAGCCAAGGCGAAGACUCCAAGCCCAAGGAGGAAUCUCCCGCUGAGAAGUCCCAGUCUUGAUCGCAAGCAUGCGAUGACGAUUCAGAUAUGGGACGACUCUCUCCUUUCCUUUGUAUCAUAUCCUCAUAAUGUCGAAUGAAUGACCAAUGUAUAGGCAGUACACCCUGCAUCCAGGCAUCCUAGUGAAUAUAACCAACGAGAAUAGGAAUAAAGAAAAGCAUGGUCAGCACAAAUCUAUUCAUUCAUUAUAUUAUAUCAAACACCGCCCCGUCCCAGGGUCUCCCGUCUGUCUCUGUCUCCGUCUCUGUCCCCUCCGUGAUUCAUUUUCCGAUA